ACCGGAGCGCUCGGGAGAGCCGGCCGACCCCCAACCCUCACCCGCGGCCGCCCUUGCCACUUUAAGAGCCCGCGCCGUUUUUGGAAGGACCGAGGCCGAGUCCCCCCCACCCCCCACCGAGGUGUCGCGAGAAGCGCCCCAGCGGCCACCUCUCGCGAUGUUUGGAGGCGCCAAAGGCGGCCAUUUUGGGGUCCCCCCCGCUGGUUACUCCGGCGCUGUCCCCCAGUCUGAGGCUGGGACCAAGGCUGGCCCCGCAGGAGGCCGGCCGGCCGACACUAUGUGGCGGGUCCGCUGCAAGGCCAAGGGUGGCACCCACCUUUUGCAGGGUCUUUCCAGCCGGACCCGCUUACGGGAGCUGCAGGGCCAAAUCGCCGCUAUCACCGGCAUCGCUCCCGGCAGUCAGCGAAUCCUCGUUGGCUACCCGCCCGAGUGCCUGGAUCUCAGCGACCGGGACAUCACUCUUGGGGACCUGCCCAUCCAGUCAGGUGACAUGCUGAUUGUUGAAGAAGACCAAACCAGACCAAAAGCUUCACCUGCGUUUUCAAAAUAUGGUGCUCCUAGUUAUGUCAGGGAAGCUCUGCCUGUGCUUACCAGAACCGCAGUCCCAGCAGACAACUCUUGCCUCUUUACCAGUGUGUACUAUGUCGUGGAAGGAGGAGUCUUGAAUCCAGCUUGUGCCCCUGAGAUGAGACGCCUCAUAGCACAAAUUGUAGCAAGUGAUCCAGUCUUGUAUAGUGAGGCGAUACUGGGAAAGACAAACGAAGACUACUGUGAUUGGAUCAGAAGGGAUGAUACGUGGGGGGGGGCAAUCGAGAUCUCAAUCCUGUCUAAGUUUUACCAAUGUGAAAUAUGUGUAGUAGAUACACAGACAGUCAGAAUUGAUCGUUUUGGGGAAGAUGCAGGAUAUACCAAAAGAGUUCUGCUUAUCUACGAUGGCAUUCACUACGAUCCGCUUCAGCGUAACUUCCCUGAUCCAGAUACCCCUCCUCUGACCAUUUUCUCCUCAAAUGAUGAUAUUGUUCUUGUACAAGCACUGGAAUUAGCUGAUGAAGCUAGAAGAAAGAGACAGUUCACUGAUGUAAACCGCUUCACCCUGAGAUGCAUGAUCUGUCAGAAGGGCCUAACCGGACAAGCAGAAGCAAGGGACCAUGCCAGGGAGACAGGCCAUACCAACUUUGGAGAGGUGUGAUCUAUUCAUAAGAGUGGGAGCCUACUACCUCACAGAUCCAGAAGGCUCUGGGUUUUCCAAUAAGCUAUUCAUAACCCUACAGAAUAGAACACAAUGCUUGGACCAUCCUUUUAUCCUAAACUAGUAUGACUGACACUGAAAUUCCUUGUUAAGAUUAAAAUCAGUGUGCAAGUUUACAGAUGUGUGUCUACACUAGUGGCAUGCCCUCUUUCUACUGGGGGUCGGAAUAAGGUGGUUUUGGCCACUUGGGAUGCUAACCCGAAGACUGGAUUAUAUUAUAAACCAGCACCUAGUGGCUUUAGCUUAUAGAAGAAAACAUCAUAUUUUAGGUAAUGUGGAAAGCCUUGUGGAGGGCCACUGGACAUAUACCACAAUGUCUCCAGUAGUUGAUUCCUUUUAAUAACUUUGAAUGAGUUAGUAGUUUCUAAAUUCUGAAUUGAUCCAUCAAAUGAAGAUACUCAGAAUUGUCAAAACUUUUUAUAUUGCAAUUUGGUAGACUUUAUAAGUGUAUCUAACUACUUACAAGUAUAUUGAAAGCAAUUUUACGGGGAGAAGUAUGUCCCUUGAGAAUGUUAUCUAAAACAGGGAUUAAUAUGGCCCUGUUGCGAUUUCUAGUGUAUAAAAGUAGAAUGUAUAAGGGGAAAAGGUGCCUGAAGCAGCUUCCUGAAGCUUUAAAAGACUGUUGGCCUCUUGUUUUAAUGCAAUUCAUGUAUUGUUAUUUGUCACAUUAGGUAAUUUUUUUUUUCAGUGAAGCAGGGUAUGCCUUUUUAAUUGCUAAUUUAGUUUAAAAUUCAAGAAGUAUCUUGAAAAUUUGAGUGUUUAGUUCUUUUGUUUUUUUUUUUUUUACAUACAUAUAAAUUUUUCUGAAGGGAUUUGAUUUCCUCAGCUCUUCAGCUCAAAGCACUUCUUACUAACAAGUCUUCCUCUAAAGUGUCAAUGGAAUGCUUUGGUUUCCUGAAACUCUUUUCCGUAGAGAACAGUAUUCAUAGAUCCACUAUGAUCUUUUGGAUAUUUCACAGUUCUGCAAGUUAGUACUUUGUUCAUCUGUGAUCUUUGACUUUCAGUUUUUAAAUAAUUGAUUUGGUUUGUUUCACUUAGAAAAUAUACAAAGUUUUAAAAUCCUUGCCUUAUACAGCUCUCUCAGAAUAUUGCUACCUAGUGUUAGGUAUGUAGCCAUUUGCUUGAUGGAUUGAUCCUCAAGGCACUUGCUCUCAAAACUUAGCUUCACUAUAGAAUCUUCCAGGUAAAGUUUUCUACCUCUUAAUUCUUCUAAAGAUCAGGGAUGCUAAGUUAUAAUUUGUUGUAUAUCUGUCAUACAGUGUAUAGAGGCAUAAUGUUGUGAAGUUUUGUUAUCUUGAUCUCAUUUAUUAAAUAUCUCAGAGAACCAUUUACACCAAUGUGCUUUAAAGCACUUAACAUCUUUCCAUGAUUCUUCUUAGCAAAUGUUUUAAAAUCAAAGUCAACCCUUAGCCUUUUACAUGGUAAUGGUGACCAUGUCAAAUUAAGGAAUAUUAAAGUGAACAAUUUAGAAAGUUCCUUUAAGGACAAUUGAACAAUUCACAAAGUAUGCUUCAAUCAUCCAAUGAGAUUCUCUUUUGUGUUGAGACAAAGUCUCCCUGUGUGUUUCUUGUCGGCCUGGAAUUUGUUAUAUAGACCAGGCUCCUCCAACUCAAAGUGAUCCUUCUGCCUCUGCCUUCUGAGUGUUGAGAUUACAAGUAGGGGCCACCGUACCUGGCCAGAUGACUUUUCUUGAAUGCCCUUUGUGCACAUAGCCAGUCAGGCAAUGGCAUUAUUAUAGUCAUAUAAGUUGAAAAUGUUUUUCUUUUUUGAACUGAGCCUUAAAGAUAGUUCUAGUGAGCUUAGGAUGCCGGACACUUGGAGGUCAUGACAUGUAAUGACUGUCACAAAAGUCUCUUCAGACCUGUCCUCUGGGUUAGAUUUUUUAAAUCUCUUUUGUUUUCUCUGUAAAAUAUUUAAUUUAAAGCUGUACAUUAAAACUGUAAAAUUGGGUUAUGCACCGUAUUUAUAGAGCUUACCUUUACCACUUGAGCAUCCAAAUUCAAUAUUUCUAAAAAUUUGGAUCCAAGUUUGUUCAUGCAACAAGUAUUUAUUGAAUAACUUAUAAUGUGUCAGGCAUGUUCUAUUUUUUGAAAAUAAAUUCCUGUCACUUUAAAAUUGAGUCUAUAUAAUGUACAGAGGAUUUGUUUAGUAAACGUAAAGAAAUAGAAUGAGCACUGGUAUCUUAAAAAUCAAGUCUUUGUUCUAAGUGUUAUUUGUAUGUCUUGUUUAGUAUUUAUUUAGGGGAUUGUUUCUUAUUCUAUUUUUAUCUUUUGCUUGGUUUGUCAGGUAGACACUUGAUAGUAAAAUGGCUUUCAAAAAGACAUUUUAAUCAUUUGCUGAUAUGAGAACUGGUUUGAGAGUAGUGUUUUUGUUGUGAAACAUUCCAGGUGAAGCAUUAUAUGCAAAUUAUUUAAUUAUUAAUUUCUGUUCAUUCCAAAUACAAGCUGUUAAGCCUCAUAGAAUUUAAAAGAUUUGUUUCAUAUUUUUUCCUGUAUUUAUUAAGCUCUUGAAAUUGUGAGGAAACUCAUUUUUAGAAUUUUGAAAAAAAAAUCUGUGAAUUUAGUUGCAGCAACGCUAAAAAAAAAAAAAAAAACACCAAAAACAAAAAGAAAACCUAUGUCCUAAUGAAACCCAUUCUGUCCAGUUUUUGCCUGUCCUACAAUAAUUAUUUUUAAUUAAAAUGAGUCAAUUUACAUUAGUGGUAGAAUAAAAAUUAUGCUUUGACCCCAUUUCCCCAGUACCCCCCACUCUUUUAGAUUAAAGAUUCGGUGUGUUUUUAUAAAGAUACCCUAGUCACAGCAGUAGUCCAAAUUAAUGUCCCUGGGAAUUUUGUGAUAUGACACCACAUGAAGGCAUCUAGAUGCUACCACAUCUUUUGCUAGCGAUUCAUGGUUGAUUUCUUAAAGCUCUCCAUGAAUGAAGUCAUAGGCAAGGGGUUACUGGCCAACCUAACCUUGUUGUUAGGAACUGAUACCAUUAAUACCAUUUGAAUACUCUAUUGAGUUCAAGUCCCAGAAAAAUCAGAAUCCCAAAUUAACAUUAUUUCCCUGCCCGGGUGUGCGCCUAACUGCUCCUGCCUAACUUACUUGUCUAACUUACUUGUCUGCCUAGCUUCUUCCCUUCAAGCUGCCCUAGGUGAAUUUUCUAUCUUUGUGGAAAAAUUACAGUAGGAUGUAUAUGAAAUUAAGCAGCAAUGAUCCAUACACACACACACACACGUUAUAUAUUUAAAAAUCAGGUGGCCUUCUGAAAUUUACAUAUUAAAAUUUACAUUUUUCAUGUGUUGGAACAUCAUUUGCAGCAUUUUUUUCUUUUUUUCUUUUCCUUUUUUUUUUUUUUUUUUUUUUUUUUUUUUUGAGACAGGGUUUCUCUGUGUAGCUCUGGCUGUCCUGGAACUCUGUAGACCAGGCUGGCCUCGAACUCAGAAAUCUGCCUGCCUCUGCCUCCUGAGUGCUAGGAUUAAAGGCGUGUGCCACCACGUCUGGCUCAUUUGCAGCACUUUAAAAAUUAGAGAAUAAAAGUUUACAUAGCUCUCUAGAAGACCUCGAGGGCAGUAAUGAUACAACCCCAAGCCAGCUGCUAGCCAGCAGCUCUCAUACGCUAUUGCCAUCAGUAUUUAUGUAUCUUAUGAUACAGUCUAAUUUCACUCACUGUUAGGACCAGGGUCUAUGUCCUAACGUAAGGAAUAAUACUUCUGUAAUGUGAUUGUUCUGUAAUGUGAUCUCUAAAGAGUCGAUUCAUCAAACCUUUCAUUCAUUUUAAGCAAACUUAUUUUGGAAGAAAUUGAUUUUUGAGUAAGAUAUGCAAGCAGUAUUUGCAAAUCUAAAGGAACACUUUAUUUGAAUAAGCUAGUUUGUUACUCAUGCUAAGCAUCGAACCAGGGCUUUUUGCUGCAAGGGUAAGUGCUUAGCGAUCAGCAUUCCACCCCGGAUGGUUUCUUAGUGCCUAUUGUAAUGUGCAGCACAUCCAACUCAAUGAAUACAAGGCUGCCUUGGUUGUGGGAAAGGUUUGGGUUUUUGUUGUUUUUUGUUUUUCUUCAAAAAUUAGCUAACAUUUUGUUUACAGUGCUUUGACUAUUUUAUUUGGAAAACAAAGUAUUAUGUUUACUGAAUUAUGAAGUGUUUGUGUCUACAUUCAUUUGAUUUAAGGCAGGGUGUUAGCCUUCCCAUGGCAUUUUCAAGUGAAAAGGAUGGGUACUACUGAAAAGAUGUAUACGGCCGUGAACACAAGCUUUGAAACACAUGAACCUGUAAUUAGUAAUUUAAGUAUAGUGAAUGAAUGACGUGGUUUAGUUAUAGGUAAGGAGGCUGAGGAUUUCUACCGAGCUGAUGUGGCUUGGCUCCAGAAUGCAUAUAGAAUGUUUAGUUGAGUGUAACCCAUCAGUUACUUAAAGGACAAGGGUUGCCUGUUCACAUUUGUGCCAUUCAAGGUGCCACAGGAAAUGCAUUUGUACCAAAUUAUUUGUUUUCUUUAAGAAUGCCUUGUCAAAGGUUCAGAAUGAAAAAUAGUCUUAUUGUGGCUGUACUAGCACAGUGGAAGCAGAGCUCCUUAAAUAAGAAAAUCAUCAAUAAAGCCUGAAAUACAGAGCUCAGAGCAUAAUUUCAAAAGUAUAAAAGGGGGCCAAACAGAAAGAAUUCUUUUCCUGGCAUAUGAAAAUGUGUUCUUAGUGCUGCUUCCAGAAUGUUCUUUGUCGUUUGCCAGCAAGUUUCCAAGGUCAAUGCACUGCUGCUCUCUGGGAGAUGUCUGACUUCAUUUUAUACAACUCAUGAUUUUGCCUUUGUUAUUAAGAUGCAUUCAUUUUAUUUAUGACAUGUGACUUUUUCAAUAUCUGAAUGUAUGAAGUGACUUGUUUUAAAGGAAUAAAUGAAGUGAAAACA